CCUUUUUCACCGUAACAUCUGUGUGUACCACUAAACCCUGUCCGGCGGAAGUUGUGUACGCGGCCUUAUCACAAAAGAAAUGGCGAGCGGUAUCGGCAAACACAAGAUACUGAAUGUAGGGCCAACAGAGCCCUGGUCAGUCAGGGAGAAACUGUGCCUGGCCUCCUCUGUUAUGAGGAGUGGCGACCAAAACUGGGUGUCUGUAAGUAGAGCCAUCAAGCCUUUCUCAGAGCCGGGCCGUCCACCUGACUGGUUCUCACAGAAGCACUGUGCCUCACAAUACUCUGAGCUGCUGGAGGCCACGGAAGCACCAAAGCGUAAGCGCGGUGAGAAGGGCGAGGUGGUCGAAACCAUCGAAGAUGUCAUCGUUCGUAGGCUAACCACUGAGAGGAUAGAGGAACUGAAAAAACUGCUGCGAGACACACAGGAGCAGUACAGGAAGUUGAAGAAGGAGGUGGAUCUGAUCCAGACGGGUCACAUGGACUCCCAGCUGAAGGAGCUGUGGGCAGAGAUCACACUAAAGAAGAAGCAGGCUGAGGAGGAAGCGGAACAGAAGAGGAGAGCCACAGAAACAGCGUACCAAGCUCGUCAGGCGAUGAAAAACACACCCAAGCGUCUGCCCAGUGUAACUGUACGCUCUCCCAUGGGUGCCAGCCCCCCCACCAUGGACUCUCAGGCUGACUCUUCGGUCUCCACACAGUCCAUGGAUACAGGAGGCGUUGCCUCCGAUGACACCACCACCCACUCAGUUGCCCAGGGGGUCGGAGUGUUUCUACCAGCGACGGAUGCUCCAGGCCCAGGGCCCAAAGAUGGGGGCCUGGCCGCUCUAGUAGAUGAUUCGCCACAGAAGAGGAUCCUCACCCAGAAGGCCACGCCGCCGCCCUCACCCCUCCUGUCAGAACUGCUGAAGAAAGGCAACCUCAUCUCGGCCAGCCCCCGCCUGGUUGGGGAGGGAGACUCUACUGGAAGCCUCACCAAUGGAGUACAGACAGCCACCGCAGCCACUGCCUUACCACCUGGUCAUGAGGUCAUCGCAGAGGGUGAAGCUGCAGUGAAGGUAGAGCUCGGCGAGGAGACGGGGUUGGUGGAGGACCUUGUUUACAUGGGAAACGAAUUGGACCUGGAGACAGUAGGAGACAUCAUCGCCAUCAUAGAGGAGAAGGUCGAUGACUCAGUGGAGGCCUUAGAUGCAGCAGCGGUGGAAGCAGCUCUCUCUCUGUGUGAAGAGGCAGUGUCAGAAGGACACACCCUCCCCGGCCCCUGGGAGACCCAGGAGCUGAAGGUUUCAGACCCAGCACCCACGCUCCAAGACUCGGAUCCCACACAGGAGCCUCGGGAUGUGGCCGCGAUGUCAGCCUUGAUUCCUCCCAGCAUGGAGACCCAGAAUCAACCGGAAAUUAAAAGAGAACAACGGCUCAAGGGAAACUGUGAGGGACCCGAGGCGACCGGAAGUGAUGUCACCUCCGACGACGGUGCACCAGGAAGUGAGGUCACGGAGGAGGGGCCGGCGGGGAAGGAGGCCACAGAUGCGACGGUCAAGAGUGAAGGAGAGGAAUGGAGCCAGCCGGAGCCCAACCCGCCCUGCCUAGACUCUGAGGACAGCUCUGUUUCCGGGAAAGAGUCCAAGGAGGUGAAGGAGGAGGAGGCGGGGAGUGAGGGCGACCCAGAAGAAGGGAUGGAGCUGAAAGAGGAGUGUGGGGAGGGGGAGGGUCCCUAUCUGUCGGAGGUGGAGCGGGCAGCCAGCGAGAGCGAGGACGGUUACGGUCCGCCCUCCCAGCGCUACACAGCCGAUUCACUGGCCAGCAGCCCGGCCUCCUCUUCCCAGCUAUCUACGUGUGGGGAGGACCAGGAGGCAGUGCAGGCCCAGAAGAUCUGGAAGAAAGCCAUCAUGCUGGUGUGGAGAGCCGCAGCCAAUCACAGGUAUGCCAGUGUCUUCCUGCAGCCAGUGUCAGAUGACAUCGCGCCUGGUUACCACAGCAUCGUACACAGACCCAUGGACCUGUCGGCCAUUAAGAAGAACAUUGAGUCCGGCGUGAUCCGUACAACGGCCGAGUUCCAGCGCGACAUCAUGCUGAUGUUCCAGAACGCCGUCAUGUACAACUCGUCGGACCACGACGUGUACCACAUGGCGCUGGAGAUGCAGCGCGAUGUCCUGGAGCACGUCCAGCAGUUCCUGGCCACCCAGCUCAUCAUGCAGACCUCGGAGAGCGCCAUCUCGGCCAAGAGCCUCCGCGGCAGGGAGGGAAACCGUAAGCCAGGAGAGCCGGCUGAGAAGGACAGUGUCCCAAUGGCCUCUCCUGCUUUCCUUCUCUCUCUCUUUGACGGAGGCACCAGGGGGCGCCGUAGCGCCAUGGAGGCCGACCUCAAAAUGAAGAAAUAGACAGGUAUCAGAACGAGACAUAUAGAGAGACAAGGAGUCACUCAGAGAGAGUGGAGAUGGAUGCUUUGGUUGUUUUCUGAAGAGGACUAUGCAGUCUCUAUGCGUGUGUGUGUAUAUAUACACAGUACACUUGUUCAUGUGUACUUUGGCGUAGACAAGGCUAAUGUGGAUGGGUAUGUUUGUGUAUCUGAGAGAGCUGCACAGAGCUGCUUCUUUUUCAGUUCAUACGAUUGGUUUAUGUGCAGCACGCCAUGGGAUUUCACUCCACUUUCCCCAAGUUAUCAUUUCUCCAGCAAAGGGUUCAUCAUUUCCCUCAUCUGAGAUGGAACAGCCAAGGAUGUUGAGAGA